AUUGUCUGAAAAAAUUUUUAGAGACAUCGAAAACACUGAUCACAAGAUUAAUCUUUACAUAAUUCAUGUGGAUCUGACACGAAUAAGAAGAGACACAAUUUGUAGCGGCAACAUUCAGGGUAGCUUAAAUCUUUUUGGCAGUGUUGCUCACUAAAUCGUCACAGUGUGCGGAUUGGGGCGAAUCCUUGGCUACAUCGGCGGACGACCGUCGGUGGGGGCCACCAAUAUGUCGCAGUCCGGGUCGGGUGGAUUGAAUGACGCUCAAGGACAAAAUCAAGCUGGACAAACGACCGACAAUCAACAGACAACGUGCCAGAACGGUCGUGCUGAACCGCUCGCCGAUUCUACAAAACAAGAUCUUUCUAACGGAUUCGAAAAUCGAACUAUGGAUUAUGAGAAAUUCACUCAAGAAAAAACACAGAAUAUCUUGAUUGCAGGAGAAGUUCAGGAUCAGCAGCAGCAACAACUCGCUCAUCCAGUAGCACAAUAUCCGUCGGGAAGAAGGCAAUCCGUAGGAUUACCAGAGGAUAAACAUCCUUCAACCGGUCAAUUACCACCUCCGCAAUACAGUCAAGAGAAAAGUAAUACGGAUAGAACUCAACACGUGUCUCAAACGAGCACUCAAACGGUACCGGUGCAAGCAUAUCCACAAUUUGCUUCUGAUUACGAUCAAAGUCAAUAUCCGCAGAUACGGGGACAAUUUGAGGUGAGGUCGCAAAUCUAUCCUCAAACGCAAUAUUCCGAUAGAGCUGGUUAUGUAACAAGAGAUGUUACUUAUCGUGAUCCGACUCUUUACAGUCAAAGCGGUGCGACUAAUCCCAUGUUUGCUGGGCAGGGUCAAUACGUAACGGUUCAACAUGGUUCACAGAUACCUUCGCAGUCCGCCAGUCCGCAGCCACCGUAUUACUCGGGUGUAAUUGUACCACAACCACCGAGUUAUACUCAAUUUGGCACACAGCCGCAAUAUUCUUAUAGUCAAUAUCCGCAGACAGUCAUGAAUGCCUUGCCAUACAAUCCACACACCGGUUCUAUUUAUCCUGCUCAACAAUACCCUAGCCAACAGUCGCCGAAUCCGCAGAGAUUUUCGCAAGAAAUCGGUCAAUAUCAGACACAACCGAUUAUUCAACCGAUUGCUCAGAAUGUAACGCAUGGGAUCGCUAUCCAGACGACAGAGCGACCUUGUCGAGGACCGAAACCAAUGGUACCGCCUCGUGGCAAUUCCAAGAUUACCACCCAUGAUCCUGGACAUAGAAAGUCCGCGAGUAUCGAUGUGCCAGCAUUGCAAAAAGCGAAGUAUGAGUCGACGCCGACUGCUCAACAAGAUUCAGUUCAUCGUAAUGACGGCGCUGUAAUUACUGGCGCGCCGAUUGGUUCGGAUGGGUCGGACAGAAGAUAUUUAACUACAAUUAAUCAAAAUCCUAGAACAAGACAAGAUGGUCUGUAUGUAGAUACAAACGGCGAUCAAUCGGGCAGAGAGAAACUGGUUGAUACAAUUGCUACGGAAUGCGGCUUAUACGUAUCCCGAUCGGAACACAGAAAGUCUAUAUCGGUCGAUGUAACUACCAGCUUUCAAAGACGAAAUGAUACAAUAACCUUCACGUUUCCCGGCGAUGGUAAUCAAGAGAUAAUCUCGGGAAGAAAAGCUACAACUGCAGCAGACGCAAAAAGAGUCGAGACUAAUCAAAUGUUUUCCACUGAGCAAAGAAGAUUGGAUGCGGGUCUGCGUGUAUCACCAAUGGCGUUUGAUACGAGACAAGAAAAUAGAAAGAGUAUAGGAACUGAUAGGAAGCCUGAGUGGGGUAAUGUGAGCCCGAAUCAAAGAAACGCCAUUCCUUCAGAAAAUAGACGGUCGGAUUAUUUCGAAGAACAUCGAAGGUCACCUAUGAAUCUAGAAAGUAAAAGAGUAGAAGAUGUAAGAAGAUCGCCUAUGCCGUUUGUGCCGAUUCGUGAAACGUCUGUUGAUCGCGCCGGACAGAAAAGUCCUUCCUUUGUUAGCCAAAACUUUGAGAAGACUAGACAGGAGUUGGCGAUCUGGGCGGAGCAACGCCAGCGACAAGAACACGAAAGGAGUAUAAUUCAAGGUCCAAUAUUUACAACAAGUCCUCGUUCUCGUAAUCCUUCGGAGGAAAGAAGAGAUAUCAGAUCGAUUCAUCCGCUGGAUGAUCGAAAAGACUCGAGAAUGUCUCAAUCAGCCUUUCAACCCAUUCCUAAUAUUAGUCAGAGUACUAUAAUGGAGCAACGUCGACAUCUGAGACACGUCAGCGCCGAUUUGACAAAACAUAUGGAACUCUCGAGGAAGGAUUUCGAUGAGCAACCCAUCACAGGAUCUGUAGUGAAUCUGGGAUCAGUAACUAAUACCGCUUCAUCGCAAAGAGCCAGUCCGAAUCUUUGUCAUCAAUAUCCAGCUCUCAGCGAGGCAAAAAUAGAUACAAAAACUGUGCUAACUGUAGUGACAGAUUUUGGCGAAUCGAUCGCCAGCAAACCGAUCGAUCAAGUUGAUCACAUAAUUCACAGUCACCGUAAAAGUCAUAAUACUACCUCUAAUUUGCUCACUCAUAGUAAAAGCCAGAUGGAGAACUUGCAGAAUACGCUAGAGAACCAAAGCGAGAAAACAGAUUCUCUUCAGGUUCAGCAACAACAGAUGCAAAAUCAACAGAGUCUCGAUUUAAUUUCUGAGAAAUUAAGCCAAUUCGAACGUCAACAGAGCGAUCUCCAAGCCAAGCUACAAUGUCUUCAAAAUCAGAAUCAAAUUUUGGAUAAAGUUGCGCAGUUUCAGCAUCAACAGAGCGAUCUCCAAGCUCGGUUGCAAAGUUUGCAAAAUCAAGGUCAAUUGAAUGAUAAACCUCACAAGAUAUCUGGCGACUUCGCGCAGCUUCCGAUGACAGGCGAUACGCAUCAGGUUCAAGCGAGCCCCCUUCCGAAUCAUCAGGAACAAUCAUCGGAUAAAUCUUGCCCGACUCAUCAACCCGCACACGGUCUUCAUCAGACACUUCUAACUACCGCGUAUCCGCAAAACGCCACCCUUCAAGCCUGCCAGUCGUCCGUGUGUGAGAAACUGACGUCCCGCGUACAACACGACGUUUCCGAUCCGAAUUCCAUUCAGAUACCGAACAUGUCGCAAAUGCCAUUACCGUGCCUCCCGCAAUUCGAUCGCGCCGACGCGUCGCGUACUUCGUUUUCCCAGUUUCACCGACUUCAAUGCCAGAUCGAGAAUCAUGAGGGUGCUUUAGCGACGAGUGCUGGUGUACCUACCAGCUCUUUCACCGGUACGCUGAAGAAAAUACCGCCAGAAAAACCGCCACGGACGUCCUUGAUAGUGCAGUCGCCGGAAGCUGAGAGUAAUCGCAGUCAACCAGCCAUUGGAUUAAAGCAGACGCCGAAAGCACGGCCAACUAUUUUCGGAACAGUAGCCUCGGACCUGAAUCCUAAGGAUGGAAAUAGCCGCAAGAGUUUACCGCAAACACCAGCCGGUGGUGCUGGUGGAAAAGCAAGCGCGAGUACCGGUUCAGGUGCUGGGAUGGUCAAUGGUGCUGGUGCCGAUCAUGAAAACAUCCGGGAUGGUGCUGGCAUAGAUACAGAGCUCGCUUUGGUGUACCGAGACGGCAACCUCGUCUCAGGCUCACUCGAGGCGUUGGUACAGCAUAUGGUACCUACGGAGGAAUAUUAUCCCGAUCGGGCGUAUCUCUUCGCCUUUUUGCUGAGCGCCAGGCUCUUCAUCAAGCCUCACGAGCUUUUGGGCGAAGUUUGCGCUCUCUGCGAGCAUCAGCAGAAUCUGAAUGGAGAGGGUGGAAAGGAACGACUGCAUCGCUUCGUGCCGCGACUGGUGCAACUGCUGGCGGAAUGGACGGAAACAUUCCCCUACGACUUCCGAGACGAGAGGGUGAUGGGUCACGUCAGAUCCAUCACGCAGAAAGUCGCUGCGGUCGACGCCGCGGCCAGGCAGGAAGUUUCGGCAUUGCUGCAAAACUUACUGCUACGACUGACGGCCUUGGAAAGGUACGAGGAGGGCCUUGCCAGACUAGCGACUGAGGCAGCGACGGAGCAGCUUACACAGGUGGAUAUUACAGAACUCUGUCCAUCAGCCACUGUGCUGGCACAACAAUUGACCCAUGUGGAACUCGAGAGACUCUCUUACAUCGGACCCGAAGAAUUUGUGCAGGCUUUUGCCAAAGAAUCGCCGCAUUUAGAAACGUCUUUCAAAGAUAUGAAGAAAACCCGAAAUCUCGAAUCGUACGUUCAAUGGUUUAACAGAUUGAGCUAUUUUGUAGCGACGGAAGUUUGCAAGCAUGCGAAGAAGAAGCAACGCGUUCGUGUCGUCGAAUAUUGGAUCGAGACUGCCCGAGAAUGCUUUAACAUUGGCAAUUUCAAUUCCCUGAUGGCGAUCAUCGCUGGCCUUAACAUGUCCCCUAUAUCUCGCUUGAAGAAGACGUGGUCGAAAGUACAAUCUGCCAAGUUCUCAAUUUUGGAGCAUCAAAUGGAUCCCAGCAGCAACUUUAGCAGCUAUCGCAGCACAUUGAAAGCCGCAAUGUGGCGUAGCGCUGGCGCUACCGACGAACGUCAACGGAUCGUAGUGCCCUUCUUCAGCCUUCUCGUUAAGGAUCUUUAUUUCCUUAACGAAGGUUGCAGCAACAAACUGCCAAACGGCCAUAUCAAUUUUGAGAAAUUCUGGCAGCUGGCAAAACAGGUGACUGAAUUCAUCGCGUGGAAGCAAGUUGCCUGUCCAUUCGAAAAGAAUCCGCGCGUCAUUGCCUUUCUUCAGGCGAGUCCCGUGUUAACGGAAAACACACUUGCGCUAGCGUCUUUCGAAUGCGAGCCGCCCGACAACAAUCCGGAAAAGGAACGUUAUAAAGCUUUAAAAUCUGAGAUGAAUGCCCAGUGAAAGCGAGCUAUGCCGAAAUAUGCCGAAUGGGAACGGUAUUGAUAUAGAUAUACAUGUGGAGAUACAUUUAUAAAUAUUAAUAUAUUCAUAAUCGUAGUUAUUUUAUCCGUGAAGAAAACGAGAGAGAUAAAACGAAGAGGAGAUGGAGGAUCGACAGCAGACUAAAGUAUUACUGGGGCGACCUACGUGAAAUUAGGUAUUUCUGUCUUGCGAAUUUUAUAUACGAUCAAAAAUUCCCAAUGACGACUUGACAUCAUCGAAAACGUAAUCGCGAUUUGUACAAUCAUCGCUUACCUUUCUGUUACAUUUUUUUAUUUC